AUGAUAAACGGCGUGCGAUGCUUCAGCUAUAACGCGCUCUACCACGCAACGAGCCGAUUUUCCGCCGACGGUGUGCUCGGCUCGGGGGGCUACGGCAGGGUACACGCCGGUGUGCUCCGCACCUCGCUGCUUGGUAUCGCCGGAUUGGAGUCUACGACGAAGGAGGUCGCCAUCAAAAUGCUGGAUCCUGAAAGCUUACAGGGCGAGGACCACUUCCAGGCGGAAAGCACAGCGGGCUGGUCUACCCGAGGCUGUCAAGCUGCGUGUUCGACGCUUCGGACGGCCGAUUCGCGGAGCAUGCUGCCAUGGAAAGCCCGUGUCAAGAUCGUUAUCGAUGGAGCGGCUGGACUUGAAUACUUGCACUCUGAGGGGUUCGUCCAUCGUGACAUCAAGCCCGGAAACAUCCUUCUGGACGACGAAGGACUUGCCCACCUGACCGAUUUCGGGUUGGCCCGUAAAAUGGACAACGAAGGUACGAACACCAACCCCGUGGGGACGAUCGGGUUCAUGGACCCCGAGUACCUGGAGACGGAAACUCUCACGAAGGCUUCCGAUAUCUACAGCCUCGGAUGCGUGCUUGCUUGUCUCCUGAUGGGUAGCCAGAAUCCUACUCAGGCCAAGAUAAGCGCAAGGCGCGUAGCGAAUGGGGAAUUCGGGCCUACCGCUUUCGACCAGUACGCCAACUGGCCCCAAGAAGAUGCUCAGAAGGUUGCCCGCAUCGUCGCAAGGUGUUGUGACCGCAAUCCAGAGGGGCGUCCUUCAGCGUCGGUCACCGUAACGGAUCUCUGUGAGGUUCUCGGCGCCGAUGGAAGUGGUAUCGGGAGCUCGGCAAAUGACGUCACGGCAGCAGGCGAAAAUAGCCGCUCGGCGGGGGCUAGUCGCGUGUGCAAAGUAUGCUGGGAACGUCCGAUUGACACCAUGUUCCGGCCUUGCAAUCAUAGCGUUUUGUGCACGGGAUGUUCUCAAAGGCUAUUACAGGGCCGCCAACCUGUCUGCCCGAUCUGCCGGUGCCAAAUCGAAAGAUUCGACAGAGGUAACUUCAUCAACACGUACGUGCGCUGA